GCAUGAUUUCUCUAGCCCUAGGAAAGGAGUUGGUCAACCAGUAUCUCCUCUCAGAGUUAGUCAGGCAGGAGCAGCACUUCUUUGUGAGGAAGAGGAGGACUCUAUGCUUGGUACUCGCCAGGGUGGCAAAGCACCUGUGACACCUCGUGGGCGAGGAAGAAGAGGCCGCCCACCGUCCCGAACAACUGGAACAAGAGAUUUAGCUGGAAUUCCUGUUGUAGAGGAUCUCUCAACUACAGGAUCACCUGAGGAGAAAUCAUUUGUUCGUACAAUUCGCCUACCAGAUGGAGGGGAGAAAUCUGACGCAUCUGGCUUCUGUGCCUUACGUCGAAGUGACUCUCCAGAAAUCCCAUUACAGGUGGUGGCUGGUCCUUCAGACUGUGCAGACUCAUCUGCUGGGAGCAGCUUUGUGGGCCUCAGGGUUGUAGCAAAGUGGUCUUCAAAUGGGUACUUCUAUUCUGGAAUGAUUACUCAAGAUGUUGGAGCGGGGAAGUACAAACUUCUCUUUGAUGAUGGCUAUGAAUGCGAUGUACUAGGAAAAGAUAUUUUACUCUGUGACCCUAUCCCCUUGGAGACUGAAGUAACUGCGCUCUCAGAGGAUGAGUACUUCAGUGCAGGUGUAGUGAAGGGGCACCGGAAGGAGUCUGGAGAGUUAUAUUACUGCAUUGAAAAGGAAGGCCAGAGGAAGUGGUACAAGCGAAUGGCUGUUAUCCUGUCUCUGGAACAAGGAAAUAAGCUCCGAGAGCAGUUUGGACUAGGUCCUUAUGAACCUGUCACCCCCCUGACUAAGGCAGCUGACAUCAGUCUUGAUAAUCUUGUGGAGGGGAAGCGGAAGCGACGCAGCAACCUUGUCUCUCCCAGCACUUCCAGCAGUAGUACAACUCCCACUCGUAAAGGGAUGGAAAGUCCACGUGUGCCACCAGGUAUGCUUUCUGGCAAGAGGAAACUUGUUGCUUCUGAGGAAGAGAGAUCCCCAGCUAAACGUGGCCGGGCUGUGAAAACAGGAGAGUUCAUGAGUACCUGUGAAGGUGUAGAUCCCCCAGUUCUGGAGGACCAUCAUGGACCAUUGCCGCACAAUAAGACCCUCUUUUUGGGCUAUGCCUUCCUCCUCACCAUGGCAACACCCAGUGACAAACUGGCCAAUUGCCUGAAGCCUUCAGAUGGUCCUGCAGGGAGUAGUGAGGAGGAAGAAGAAUUCUUAGAGAUGACUCCAUAUAACAAACAUUAUAUAGCACAGCAGCUGCGAGCAGGAGCUGGCUAUAUCCUGGAAGACUUUAAUGAAACACAGUGUAAUGCAGCAUAUCAGUGUCUUUUAAUUGCGGAUCAGCAUUGUCGAACACGGAAAUACUUGCUGUGCCUUGCCCGAGGGAUCCCUUGCGUGUCUCAUAUCUGGGUUUACGAUAGCUGUCAUGCUAACCAGCUUCAGAAUUACCGGAAUUACCUUUUGCCAGCUGGUUAUAGCCUGCAGGAGCAAAAAUUGCUAGAAUGGCACCCACGAGAAAACCCAUUCCGUAACCUGAAGGUUCUCCUGGUAUCAGAUCAGCAGCAGAACUUCCUGGAUCUGUGGUCUGAAAUCCUUAUGACUGGGGGAGCAUCCUCUGUUAAGCAGCAUUUUUCAAAUGCUAACAACAAAGAUAUUGCUUUGGGUGUUUAUGAUGUGGUGGUGACUGAUCUUUCCUGCCCAGCUGUUGUCUUGAAGUGCGCAGAGGCAUUAAGGCUGCCUGUUGUCUCACAAGAGUGGGUGAUCCAGAGCCUUAUUGCUGGAGAGAGAGUAGGCUACAACAAGCAUCCAAAAUACAAACAUGACUAUGUCCCUCAUUAAGCUGAAACUUUGUCCUGCUGUCCCACCAUUGUGCAGACUGUUUUAAUCAGGUUUUAAAUGUUUGUGGAAUUGGACAGCGUGCAUGGUUUAUUGUAUAUAGUUUUAUCUGCUGAACUUUUAUCAUGAAAUAAAUGUUCAAUUUCUUGUGUUA